GCUCGUCCACAGCGACCCCCAUCGCGCCCCUAAUAAAAGCUCUCUUCGCGUUGUUUGUUAUUAAACUCUUUCCAUACUCGUUUUACUUCAUCUCUUGACACUAUAACAAAAUGGCUCCCAAGGCUGCUGAGAAGGCUCCGGCUAAGAAGACCCCCGCCAAGACCGCGGAGGGCUCCAAGAAGAAGAAGAAGCUGAACAAGGCUGAGACCUACAAGGUCUACAUCUACAAGGUGCUGAAGCAGGUGCACCCUGAUACCGGUAUCUCCUCCAAGGCCAUGUCUAUCAUGAACUCGUUCAUCAACGAUAUCUUCGACAAGAUGGCCAACGAGGCCGUGCGCCUGGCCCAGUACAACAAGAAGCCCACCCUGACCUCCCGCGAGAUUCAGACCGCUGUCCGCCUGGUGCUGCCCGGUGAGCUGGCCAAGCACGCGGUGUCUGAGGGCACCAAGGCCGUGACCAAGUUCACCAGCACCUAAAUGGCUGCUGACGGCGUCGACGGGCUUCCUUGCCAGGGUUGGCAUACCCAACCUCCGUGGCACUUCAAAAAAAACCGGUGUUUCUCAACACCACCUACGUCAUCC